UGUGACUUCAGGAGCUGUAAACAUCAACUGAGCGAAGAAAAUCCUGUCGUGACUCAUCUGCAUCAGUGAUAGACACAUACCAGUGUAAGGUCUGACCCUGAGAGAACAAGAUGGAAACUCUGUUUCUCUUCCUUUUCCUGAAAGUUAUUCAAGCUGAAGCCUCGUCUUGGACACUUCAGGUGCCAUCUUCAAUUAAAGGCCUCCCUGGAUCCUGUGUGGUGAUUCCCUGCUCAUAUAACUACCCUGAUCCGAGGAAGACGGUCACUCAAUUCACUGGGAUUUGGCAGGAGGACACAAAUAAGCUUAUCUAUCACAGUGUUGCCUCUGAAAUCACGCAGCAGUAUCAAGGUCGAACCGAGCUGGUGGGAGAUGUCAGACAGAAGAACUGUUCACUGAAGAUUGAUCCUCUUCAACAAAGUGACCGUGGGCCUUUUCACUUCAGGAUCGAAAUUGGAAACUAUGAAAGUUUUUCUUACCUGCAGAACAAAGUCUCCAUUACAAUGAUAACUGAACCAAGUCCCAUCAAUUUCUCUGUGAAAGAGGAAGUGGAAGAGGGCGUAAAGGUGUCUGCGUCCUGCUCUGUGUCUCACUCCUGCCCCGCCUCUCCCCCUGUCUUCACCUGGAGUCACUCUGGACAAGAACAUUUCCAACCACAGCAGCUUGAAAAUGGCCAGUGGGAAGCAACGUCCACGCUGACCUUUCAACCCACCCGCACUGAUAACAACAAGCCUUUACAAUGCACCGUAACAUACAAGGGAGGGCAGCACCAGAAAACAUCCAAGGUCCUCAAAGUGAAAUAUGCCCCUGAGAUUAAGAACGUCUCUUCCUGCUCCUCAGAGGGGGAUAUGGUGAAGUGCAUCUGCAUUGUAGAGUCCAAGCCCUCCAGCAUGGUCCAUUUUUUGCUUUCUAACAGAGUCCUGUCAAGCACCAAGGUAGAAAUCCAUGGACCUGUGUCCAUUGGGACUCUGCAGGCAAACUUGGGAUCAUUUAGAAUCAUCCACUGUGUGGCAAACAACACGGUGGGCAAUGCCAACAUCACACUAACUUUACCGGAUAAAAGUGAGAUACCGACUCUUGCCAUCGCCAGUGGAGCUGCAGCUGCGAUUUUGGUGAUACUAAUAGUGGUGGCAGUGGUUAAGAAAUGUAGGGGGAGAUCUGGAGGUGUGCCACCAUCUCAAAUGCAGACCAUGACAGCACACAAAACUGUGGAGGUCCCCCAGUACUCUACAACACCAAGGAAAGAGAUGUGCUAUGAUGAUGAACAGUACCCUAGCAAUGAUCAUAUAUAUGGCAACAUGGAGACUGAAUGGACAACUGAUGAUGAUGCAAUAUACGCCAAUGCAUAAUAUGAACAAGAACAUUCCUGAUUGGUCCAGGAGAACUGCUGCAGUCCAUCUGUGUGUCCUCUCACUGAUGUGAUUAUUAUGUGGGUCAAGACAGUUACAACUGUUAAUGUGCUAUUUUCUGUGCAGUACAUUUCACAUAUAUUCAGUUUACAUAUAUUUUUCAAAAGUAUUGUGUUUGAAAAUAAUCCUAUUACUCAUGAUCUUUUGUGUCUGCAUGUUUUUCUGUAGUCCAGAAACAAAACUUUAUUGCAGUCACCUGUUCUAUUUGUUGUUUUAGUGCUUUUUGUGAAGCUUUAUUGUCUGUUUUCUUGCCCACAGUGUCACUAGGUUUAAGUAUUUUAGUUUCUACCUUUUCUGUCUGCCUCUCUCUUCCAACUGUUUGACUUUUUAACUAUCUGAGCAAUAGUAUGAGCUGGUCCUGCAUUACUUGAUGCGCUGUUGGAUGGCGGCUGAUCUAAGGGAGGUGCAGAGGGUCCUGCAGUUACUCUUAUGUCUGUAUCCCUGAAGGUAACAUCAGUGUUCAGUAGCACGGUGGCAUAUUCUAUAAACGGCCAUAAACUGCCAAUGUGAUUAGCUGUUCUUUUUGCAUAAAGGCCAGCAAUUUUAAAAACACAACUCUCACUGAAAGAAAACCACUCAGCACUAAAUCCUCCUGUGAUUACUUGUAGGAGCAGUUUCUUUUUGGUUGGAUGUGGGUGCAAAUUAGCCCAUGCAUAGCACAUGGCAGCAGCCUGUCUUUCAACUUGGUUUGGAUGUUUAAGCUUGAUCUGACAUAUUUCAGAAUGUUUGAGCAUUAUAGCAUUACUAAGCAGUAGGAGAGUGUUGGAGCUUACAUUUGCGUGUACUUUGUAAAUUUCUGCGCACAAGGCCUCAUCUAUUUUUGAUAUGACCGUUUUAACUUCCUCUGAGUCAUCUUGAGUCGUCGGUGGGGACCCAGAGAAAGACACACGUUGGCUUUUAGGUGUCUUUGGUGACUUUGGAGAGCAGACUUCUGAUGCUAUCUUUUCCCACUGUGAUGUGCACUCGCACGUUUACCGAUAUUCCUAAUUAGCUGUCCUUUUCCUGGAUUUCAUGAUGUCCGUCAUCAUUUUCAUCUUUUUGGAGGAGAAUGACCCAGGUGGAAUUAAAAGUUUAUCUUUGUCUAUCUUUUGUCUUUCCCUUCAAAUCUGGUUUAUUUUGGAUUGUAAGUGUUUAGGAAUUCCAGGAAGUGUCAUUUCUAUUGCCUGAGCUUUAGUGUUGUUCGAGGCCAUUUUAGAAGCACAUUUCACUACUUACAGAGCAGUAACGAUGGAUGAGGAUCAUAAACCAAGAAACAAAAGGAAAAAAGGUUUUGUACUUAUAGAUUUUAGAAGAGAUGGAUGAGAACAACAAACAGUAUCAUAUGAGUUAGAGUAACAUGAGGUAGUUUCCUGUAAGGUAACUAAAGCAGCAUCAACUUACACAAUACAACAUAUAUUUCAUACAUUCGAUGCAACUGGAUGCUCUUGUGGGUUUACAUUUAGAUUGUGAAUUAAAGGCGUCUGUGGUGGCUGUGGGAUUACUACACCACACUCAAAGUGUGUUUCUCUCUCUCCUUUUUCUCUCUGCUGCCAGAGUGAGUCAUGCCCUAAGCACACUUCAAGCAAGGGAAAAGCAGUCACUGCAAUUCACAUAUAUUAAGCCAAAUAUUCCUUCUAAGUACAAUUUCUAAUUUGUUUUUUUGGAAUAUUGUCAAGAGGCACACAGGGUAAGACAAAGAAAAUAAAAUAAAUCUUUUUACUUACCCAGUGUCCGUCUGUCUUGCAUUCCUUGCCAACAAUCUUGUACUUGAUCAAUAUCUGUCCAAUACACACUUUGAUGAAGAAUAAAGAUAAAGAAACUUUA